AUGGAGCCGGGAGGGCGGCGGCGAUGGGGGAUCGAUGCCCCCCGAGGGGUGGCUCUGACAGGACAAGUGCCUCCUGUGUACUCUGAGGAGAGGCCACCAUGCACGGUCAGGUUCCAGAGUGAUGUCCUCCCACCCGAAAUGCCCCCAGAGACGUCCCUAUGCCACAGCGGUGAGACACCGAUGGCCGUGACCGAGAUGCCCCAUGAGGUGUCAACCACAGCCGAGGUGCCCCAGGAGAUGCUGUCUGCUCCAGCUGAGCUGCCCACCGAGGCCUUGCCAGCUGUGCCCAGUGCAGUCCCACCUGUGGAGGCUGGGAAAGACCCCUGCGAGGGUGAGCUACCACCCUGCCCUGAGAAGAUAGAGAUUCGUCCCUGUGAGGUGCGCUGCCUUGAAGUACUGGUGGAGCCCAAGAAGACUGUGCCCAGGGGGAGCUGCUUGAUCCACAACUGGCAGGAGGAGAGAGCCACGAACCACCUGGACUUUGUGCCAGACCAGGAAGAGGGCAGUGAGGGUUUCAUCUUCCGGCAUGGGCACCGUGGGCUGCUGGUCCCACACUCACCUCCCUGGCCCACCACCCCCAUCUCCACCAUGAAGGAUCACUACCGCCCACCACACAGUGUGCUGAUGCUGGGGCAAGGGCAGCGGGAAGCCAUGAUGCAGUCCGUGCUCUACCAAAAAUACAGGAAGGAGAUGACGGAGGAGACCUGUCCCUCCCAGGUGCCCAAGGAGUCGGCUUCCACCAGGCACCAGGACCACCCCACUGAGGGCUGCCAGCUCACAUCACUGCCCCCCACCCAGCCCCACAAAUACUACACGGAGCAGCCCCUCAGCUUCUGGCUGGAGCAUGCCCGCAGACUGCCUAGUGUCUCCAGCAUCCGCAGCGGGGACAGUCCCUUUCGGAGGAAUGCUUCCUUCUCCACCCCCAUCACCGAGUCCUUGGAGCAACCCCUGUCCUGUGCCCCCCGGAGCAGUCGGUUCUGGCCCCACAAGUAAUAAAAAGGAAGAGGACACAAGG